GGAAAAUCCAGAACGUACCUUUGAUUUGGUGCUGAAAGUAAAAUGCCAAGCUUCUGAAAAUGAAG